AAGUCGAAUUACGACAAAAAUGAUUCAGAUUCAGGCUCCAUACAAGACAACGAGCAAAACGGUAUUUUAGACAUCAGUGCAGAGAUGCCAGGAGUGUGUGAGAAUCAGCGGGAGUCUCAGAGGACAUAUCUGCUCACUAUCUGCCUGAAGGAGGGCCGUAACCUGGUCAUCAGAGACCGCUGUGGCACGAGUGAUCCAUAUGUGAAGGUCAAGCUGGAUGGGAAGAUGGUGUACAAAAGUAAAGUGGUGUUAAAGAACCUGAACCCAGUCUGGAAUGAGUCCUUCACCUUCCCGAUCCGCAGCCUGGAGCAGACAGUCUUCAUCAAGGUUUUUGACCGAGAUCUGACUUCAGAUGACUUCAUGGGCUCCUGCAGUGUUGGGCUGGAUAAACUGGAACUUGAAAAGACCACUGAGAUGGUGCUUCCAUUAGACGAUCCCAACAGUCUGGAGGAAGAUAUGGGUUUCAUAGCCAUCGAUAUCUGUGUGUCUAUGAGAGGCGGCAAAAACAAAAAACAAAAAUGGGCCCAGAGGAACAUAAGGAGCCUCAUGGGAAAUUCAAACGAGUAUAAACGUAUGAGCGAGUCUGUAAAUAAGAGUCAGCUGUGGAUCGGCCUCUACACCAUCACUCUCGUGGAUGGACGGGAUUUACCGAAGGACGGACAGGGGGACUUGUUUGUGCGCUUCAAACUGGGUGAUCAGAAAUUCAAAAGCAAGUCUCGCUCGAAGAAAGUCAUCACAGAGUGGAGAGAAAGAUUUGACUUUUACCAGUUCCCCGAUGCAUCUAGCCUUCUGGAGAUUGAAGUUGUCUUAAAAGAUGGACGGAAGAGUGAAGAAAGUUACGGAUUGUCUGAAAUCAACUUGUCUGAGUUGCCGCUGAAUGAAUCCACAUUGUUUUCCUGUGACCUGGAGCCGGGCCGGGGCAAGGUGGUGUUUCUCAUCACUCCCAAAGCCUGCACCGGAGCCUCCAUUUCAGAUCUCAUCACCCCGCCUCUGGAGGACCCUGAGGAGAAAGAAAACAUACUGGCUAAAUAUAGUUUGAAGAACACCGUGAGGGACCUGAGAGAUGUUGGUUUUCUCCAGGUUAAAGUGAUCAAGGCCACUGACCUCAUCUCUGCUGAUCUAAAUGGAAAGAGCGACCCGUUUUGUGUCCUGGAAUUGGGAAACAGCCGGCUACAGACCCACACCAUAUACAAAACCCUCAACCCUGAGUGGAAUAAAGUCUUCACUUUCCCUGUUAAAGACAUUCAUGAGGUUCUGGAAGUGACUGUGUUUGAUGAGGAUGGAGACAAAGCCCCAGAUUUCUUGGGGAAGGUGGCGAUUCCUUUAGUCUCAGCUUGUCAAGGUCAGCAGUUCAUUUGUCCUCUGAGGAAAGAGAAUUUGACAUCAAUGUCUAAGGGAGCUGUAAUACUGGAGCUGGAAAUCCUCUUCAAUCCUAUCAAAGCAAGCAUCAUAACCUUUACACCUCGAGAACAGAAAUUUCUUGAGGACAAUCCCAAGUUUUCAAAGAAGAUUCUUUCCAGGAAUAUUGGUCGUGUGAGGAACCUUUUUCGUGCUGUGUCUUACUCUCACCAGUUCAUCACAAGCUGCUUCACGUGGGAAAGUGUGAGGAGGAGCAUUACGGCAUUUCUGUUUUUUCUUCUGGCAGUGUGGUACUUUGAGUUCUACAUGCUGCCCCUGUUCUUGGUUCUUCUCAUCUCGUGGAACUAUCUCCAGAUCGCCACUGAGAGAGUCACCAGAGACCCGGAAAAUAUGGAAAUAUGUGACGAUGACGAUGAUGAUGAAAAGGAUUCUGAAAAAAAAGGUCUGAUGGAGAAAAUCCACAUGGUUCAAGAGAUUGUCGUUACAGUGCAGAACCUGCUGGAGGAGAUUGCAUCCCUCGGUGAAAGAAUAAAGAACACAUUCAACUGGUCAGUGCCAUUCUUGUCUAAACUGGCCUUAAUGAUUUUCAUCAUGGCCACAGUGAUCACUUACUUUGUUUCAGUGCGCUACAUAGUUUUAUUAUAUGGCAUACAUAAAUUCACGAAGAAACUGCGCAAUCCCUAUGCCAUCGAAAACAAUGAGCUGUUGGAUUUCCUCUCCAGAGUGCCCUCAGAUAUCCAAAUGACCCAGUACACUGAAAUGAGCAGCUGCAGUAUUAACAGUCCCUACAGAAAAAGAAGAUCCUCACCAUAGACACUACGGGAAACUGCUGCUGACCUGAGAUCAGUCUGUGUGAAGGUGCAGGACUCGACAGCCAGGAAAUGAUCUCAAAUUACAUUUAUGAAGGUGAAAGCAGUAGAUCUGCUUAUUUUUAAUGGAAAUCAUCUCCAGUUAAAUGGUCCGGUGUUUACCGCAGGGUCGUGUUAAAGCACCUUCAUUAAUACUGGAUUAACACUCACUGAAGGAUGAAGAACUUUGAAGUAAACUGAAGGGUUAAUGAAUUGAUUACAUCACACUAUUCCUUAAACGUCUAUUUGGAGAUACAAUGAACGUCAUGUUAUGUACAGUAUGAGUGCAAUACUUUACUAUUUUAUAUUAUUUGAUACAAUAUUUGGUUUCUUGUAAAAAAAAAAAAAGUUUUUAAAGGAGUUUUAGUUAAGAUGCAUUCAUCUAAAUUGCGCAUUGAAGCGUUAUGCGGUUUAAUUCUCUUAAACCUUUUAUUCUGUACUCCUUUUUAUCUGUUAUUCAAAUUUUUAUUAUUGCAGAGAAAAUGAAUUACAAAACAUAAAUUUUAAUUGAUUUUUAAAGUGCCUUUGAUAUAUAUAUUGUGCAAUGCAAUGUAAGGAUCUAAUGUGGAUAUAAAAUGCAAGCACACUUAUGAUUGAAUUGUUUCGAAUCAUGUAGCAGAUUAUCUUGGAUUGUGCAAAUAGAAAUUUUCGGAUGUUGUUGAAUGAGUAUUUUUGUAUUUUUGCUACCAUGUUGACAAUAUGUACUGUCAUAUUGUAUCAUAAGGAUAUCACAGUAAACAUUUACUACAUUUGAUGACGAAAAAUGA